UAAUGAGCCACCCAUCAAAAACCUAUUUUCAAAACGUUGAUACACAUGAUGAAUACAAUGAUGAAGCAGCUGGUGCACCUGAAAUGACUGGAACACUUUCAAAACAAUUUCAACCAAAAAAGUACAAAGACGGUACAAAAAUGUGGAACGCGGAGCAACAAGAAGAAACUUAUUCGUAUACUCCAUUCAAAGCUGCCACAUUGAAUAGAACCCCAAAGCCUACAAGAGACUCAGUUCACAGUGGAACUCUCCGACCACCAAAGAUGUCUCCAUUCGUAUAUGCAACAGAUGAAUUUAGUCCACCAUCAGCACCUGCUACCCCAAAAAUUGGAAGAACACGUCCAGAAAGUGCAGCUGGAACAAUGACUCGAGAACAGAAGCUCACAUGGGGAAGACCUCCUCCAGCAUCACAUUUUAGAUCAGCUUCUUCAAUGAGUCAUGGAAGACAACCACACCAUGGAAGUGAAUUUGUUCCAUUAUCAAUGGUUGCUCCACCAAUGCAUCCAAUGGCUCAACAAUAUCAAUCAUUUAACACAAUUCCAAGAGGAGAUCAACAAAUGCAACAAAGGGAAGCAAUGCAUUCUCAUUCUGGUCCAUUUUAUCCACUAGGAACACCACAAAUUCAUUCAAGGCCACCAUCGGCAGUCCCAUCAAUGGGUCAUCCAGUUCCAUUAUCUCAAAUGGGAGCAUUUGUGCCACCAAUGCUUGAACAAAAGCCAUCACCGCGAGCAGUUACCGCUCAGCUUGCAAUUAGAACACCUUACCUCAACUGGAAUAUGAUUAGUAUUGUGUGUUGUUUACAGGUGAUGGCUUGCCUUGGAAUCUUCUUAGUAGGAGUUUCACGAAUCUUUUACGGUGCCCUUUGGGCUAUUGGAAUUGAAAUAAUUUUUGCGACGGUUGCAUUAUUCCCAUCACUGGCUGGUAUUUAUGCAGUUAAGAAAGGCAGCUAUUCUGCAGCGAUCUUCUGUUUUACUGCAAAUGCGAUGGAGAACGUGGUUGCCGUUGUGCCAUUCCUUUUUGGUCUUUUCCCAGUUUUUCCAUACAUCUUUCCUAAAGCUGAUGGAAAACUAUUUGUUUCUGAUAAUGAGCCAAUUCUUCUUGAUCUGUUACUUAGCUUUCUGGUAAUUCUGCAAACAAUUUUGGCCUUCUACAUGUCAGUUCUUGGAUGCAAAGCAGGGGGUGCCGUUAUGAGUUCAGUUGAUGAGAUCAAGCUACAAAAUAAUAUGAAGGCGGCAUUCGAAGAAGGCCAUGAUGGACUCCCAUUUAAAACUAUUUAACAUCACCAUAAAAAUAUAUAUUUUCUCAAUUUAUCUAUAGAAUAAAUUAAUAAUUCAAAAAAAUAAACAAUUAUUAUUA